AUAUACGACUUCUUGCUUACGUUCGACUCGGAGAAAACCCUCAUAUGGCCUUCAUCAUGGUCAUUGACGAAGAUACUAUAUAUUCUGACAAGAUAUGCACCGUUUAUUGAUGUUACUAUAAUUCUCUGGCAACUGCUCAAGUCAGAAAUGUCCCCAAAAGACUGUGAUUUUGUCUACAAGAGCACGGGAUGGCUGCUGCUCUCUGGAAUAUUAAUUGCAGAAAUCAUUCUUAUGCUACGGACGUGGGCUGUCUACGAGCAGCGGCGCGCAAUUGCAAUAGGUCUUGUAAUAUGGACCAUCAUCACUUGGGUCCCUAAUAUGGCUAGUCUUGGCAUCUUCCUCAAUUCUUUAGAAUAUGGACCACUACCAAUAAAAGUCCCGGGCUCGGGUUGUCAUGUUGUUGCAGGCAGCCCAAUUGUCUUUGUUUGUUGGGCUCUUCUCGUGAUCUUUGAAGCUGGUAAGGCUUUUCGGCUGAUCGAUAAGUUAAAGCAUUAA